AUGAAUGCGGCGGUUUGUUUUGGCAUUGCGGCAUUGUGGUUCAUGAAAAUUAAUCAAAAGCAACCCCCACCUCCGCCAAAAAAAAAGAGAAAAAAACAACAACAGUUCAGGGGAAGCGGACCGCAAUCGCCAAGCCGCCGCGCACAGGGGUCACAACGGGCCUUCCCCCACGAGGGGGCAAACGGCUCAAGAAAGAAGCGGAGAGAAUCGCCGAUGCACCCCACUUUUCUUUGUUUUUGUGGGCAAUUUCUGAAUUGUUAUUUCUGGCGGCAUAAAAUCUAUAACUUAGGGCGUUUGGCACAGGCAACCGUCGCAUAG